GAAGAGAAGGAAGAGUAACAGAGGAACCCAGAUGAGAUCUAACACAAAACUGGGCUACACUAAGCCCGUAGCCGAACAAGCUUGUUGAAAAGCAAGGUUCGUGUUGCUUGGUUUUCACUUGUUGAUUGAGAGGUUGAAAGAGCAGAGGAAAAAAAAUGUUGCAGUUUCCGGCGUUUAUGACACAAUACCCAAUGUCGACGAGGACGAUUCCGACGUCGUUUCUGCUACCCUCGCAGUGGCCCCAGCCCCAAAACGAAGAAUUCCUCCUCGCCAUGGAGGAGUCUGAUUUCGAAGAAAAGUGCAAUGAGAUCAGGAAGAUGAACAGCAACCUGAUUAUGAUAGGGAAAACCACCAAUGAAAAUGAGAAGGAAGAAUUUGACAACGAGGCCGAUGAUGAUGAUGCUGACAAUGCAGAGGAAUCUGAGGGUGAAGAAUUUGAGCAAGAAACUGGUUGAAGAAGUUGCACCUCUAUGCUGUUUGUAUGCUUGGGUCAAAUCUUUGUAUUUGAGUGUUGACUCUUUCAUAUCAUACUUGCUCUAGUGCUUAAUCACGUACUUAACAUCUUCACUAGCAUAAUCGAUGCUGCAACAAUAGCAUGAGUUAAAUGCAGAUGAGGUACAGUAGGGGGAGUGCCCCUUCUCCUUUCUUAUGAGCAAGUGUCUCUCUUCCGACUAUUUAGAAGAAGAAGAGAGCUGUUUAGGUUUUCAAACAAGACAAGAACAAUAUUGGUCAUUUUGACUUUCUUUCCAGGGAUAAUAACUCAAGUAUCAGUCAUCCCCAUUCUAAGAUUUUUAACCAAAUACAAUGAAUGUUUCCUUCUCAA